AUGGGCAAUAAUCGGUGUUGCUGUUCGUCGUUGCCAUGCAACCUGUGUUCCUUUUUGACAUCUCCCGUAUCUUCCUUUCGCAAUCAGGUUUCCCAACAACGCAAUUCAUCGGAACAAGAUCAGUUGGCCAAUGACUUGCUAGAACAAGGAGAGCAAGAUGCCUCUACGACGGGUGGUCCUCUAAUGGAAAUGGCCGUUGGCUUUGCGGCCAAGAUUUUGCCGUGUUCCGAAGCCGUAUUGUCGCGACUCAUUUGGGUGUUGCUAUGGAGCUGGAAGGCAGCCCCCGUGGCGCUCUACGAAUCGCUGGAACUCGACAAAAUUAAGCAGUCCAUGAUGACAACCAACAACAAAUCACAGAAGAAUGAUAAAGACGAAGAUGAAGCCACAACGGCCGGCUGCAGUUGCGGUGCCGAGUAUUUCCAAAAAUGGUGGCAAAAAUUUGUUGCGAUUCCCGUGGCCAUGGGAUUUUACUACUUUCUCUACGAUUAUGUCGCACAGCCACUCUUGAAUGAAGCCGGCUGCUGUGGAAGUGACUCUGUGACGCAAGUGGUGGCCAUUUCGCUGUUGGUAUUGCACUUUCUUUCCGGUCUAUCCAUUCAUUUGUACCAAAAACAAAAAGCUGAACAAGAUUGCCAAGAAACUGCCAACAACAACAACAACAACAAAAACGACGUCGAAUUGUCGCAGCAGUCCAGCAACAACAGUGACUAUGCCAAGGCUGUGGCCAACGCUUCCGCUCCACCCGAACCUACCGGUGACUGGAUCAUGCUACAAGAUGGCAACAACAAUAAUAACAAUGGUGCAACCAACACAACCUCCCCUCCAACAACCGCCACUGCGACAACUAGUGCGGCUCCCGUGGCUGACAACAACACGUCCACCACCCCCAAGAAACGGAAAUUCUGGCCCUUUGGAAAAAAGAAAAAAGCACAAAAUUUGGUCGACUCGAAACAACCGCAAGCAGCCAUUGUGUAG